AAGAACAGCGCCCCCUUUCCCCCUUUCCCCCAGUGUGUGUUUUGGUGGAAUACCCCUCACGGAAAAGGAUUUAGCCAGGAAAGGGUUAAGGAGUUUGUUAGGGUCCUGAGAUCGAUGCCUUCUCUCCCACAAGUCGCCAUGAACAAAUGAAUUCGCGGGGAAUUAAAUAUCAGUUUCACAAAGGGGAAAGAGUGCUGUGUUUUGAACCCGAUCCCACCAAGGCUAAAGUGUUGUAUGACGCUAAGGUUCUUGAUGUCUUGAUAGGUUCAGAUGAACAUGGAAGGAGAAUCCCAAAGUACCUGAUUCACUUUAACGGUUGGAACAGGAGUUGGGACCGUUGGGCUGCAGAGGAUCAUGUCCUAAGGGACACUGAGGAGAACAGGAAAUUGCAGCGUAAACUGGCCCGCAAAGCUUUAGGUCGCAUGAAGAAAAAGGGAUGGGUGAAGAGGCGUCGUCGUCAGUCUGGUACUAAAUCCUCUCUGAAGACUCUCCCGAAGGAGGACGACAGCGAUGACGCAUGUUUGAUUUCAUCUUCAGAGAGCAGUGACGGAGACGAUUCUGAUCCUGAAUCUUCAAACAGUGGGGACAGUACCUUCUCUGAGGAUAUCAACAAAAUGAGGGUUGAGCCAGAUAUUAAUGUUAAGAGGGAGUGUGAGGAGAAGACUGUUCAUGUUGACAUUAGCAUCCCUGAUAUUUUGAAGAAGAAACUGGAGGAUGACUGUUUUUACAUCAACAAGAGGAAGAAGCUGGUGAUGGUUCCCUGUCAGACAAAUGUUGUGCACAUUCUUGAGUCGUAUGUAAAGCACUUUGCCAUCAACAAGGCAUUCAUGGCCAAUGAGAGAUACAGACGACAGCAGAACACAACCCAGAGCAGCAGCCCACCACCCAUCUCUCCAGAGAAAAGUGAGGAGUUAUGCAAGGAAAUGGUCGACGGCUUGAGGAUCACCUUUGACUUCACUUUACCCAUGAUCCUCCUCUACCCAUGUGAACAAGCUCAGUUCAAAAAGGUCAGCUCUUCCAGACUCUUCCUGGCCAUCAAUGAGAGUUCCCCCUGUUCCAGCAAUGCCCAACGAGAGCGCAGCCCAAGCCCGCUCGGCCACAACCCCCACCCCCAGUCCACAGACAGCCAGCCGGCACUGAGUGACAUCUCUGCCACCACAACAACUGCCCCAGCACCCACUCCGAAGCGCAGACGUCACCCUGACAUGGACUGUAUUUCAUAUCAGUCCCAGUCCCAGUCCCUCAGACGCUCCACCAGGAACAUGUCUGGAGGCGACCGGCCGGCUGAAGGGAGCAGUGGAGGUGGAGGCAGUGCAGCAGCAUCUCCUCAGCUCAAACGUCGUUUGGUCGACAGCUCAUCACAGCCAAAGUUCUUCCUCAACCUUGAAAGGAAAACGCCGGUGCACAGUGGCUCAUCUUCGCCGUUGCCCUUGACGCCAAGCAAAGAGCGUAGUGGUCCUUUCUAUGGCCUCGAGAGCCGGAGAAACAACGAGCUUAAUGAGGUCCUGAGCUGGAAGUUGACCCCUGAUAACUACCCCAUGAAUGACCAGCCCCCUCCCCCCUCCUACCUGUAUGGGUCCCAGCACCUCUUGCGGCUAUUUGUGAAGCUCCCUGAGAUCCUGGGAAAGAUGCAGAUCCCCGAGAGGAAUCUGCGAGCCCUGAUCAAACAUUUGGAGCUCUUUCUCAGGUUUCUGGCGGAGUUCCAUGAGGAUUUUUUUCCUGAGUCUGCAUAUGUGUCUGCAUCAGAGGCCCACUACAGCAUGAAACAGCCCAGGCCAAUUUACUGAGGCAGACAUGGGCCACUUUGUGUCCUUCCUUUGCUUGUCUUUAUCCUGACCUUCCUCCUUUCGGCUUGUCUAGACCAACUUGUCUGGACUUACUAACAGCAGAAGGAACAGAGCCUUUCUUCAGGAUUCAGCUCUGUUAUAUUUCUCCUUUCUCCUCUGGCCUAACUGUAGUUUUCUGCUGUUGUGGAACCAGUUGCUUCUAAUCUGCCACUAACAUAUGCUCUGCUGUGGUACUGUCCUACAUGUCCAGCCACCCAGUGCAGCUUUGCUUCAGUGUUCCAUGGCAUGUCGAGUGCUAACUUGUGCUGUGUGCUUACUACAUGCAACCCCUUAGGAGACAUUUUCAUUAGAAGAGCUCCCUCUUUCCAGCCUUUUCUCUUCUUAAGGCUCAGACAGUUCACCUUCAGAGAAGCUGAAGGUUCAGCCUUAAGUCCUGUGGGAGCAUAAAGCAUGCCCCCCUUGAAUAUCUGAAGGCUGGCCAAGACAAAAUGGCUCUGCUCCACUAAAGAUGUGGAAAUAGACACUGUUUGACAAAGCUUAUGUGGCUUUGUUUCGGCUGCAGUUACAAAAGAACAAAUCCAAGCUGUUGUAUUGUUCUUUCCAUCCAGUAAAUAAAAUUUGGAUGUUUUUCCUCACACAGUUGCCUGCCAUUAGUAGCUGGUUGUCCUGUUUGACAGCGUAGCACCAUUUGCUUUCAUUGCAGUGCUGGCUGUGAUGUUUCUGGAUGCAUUUCCCAUGAAUCAACAGUACAAAUGUGCUGCUUCUGCCCUGGAGAUGCUGGGCUGCCAUUGCUGAGCGCUUCUGUUUUACUGACUGCUUAACAAUCUUUAAUGGAGCAUGAUUGUUCCUCCACUUUUUUGCUUUUCUGUGUGUGUUGUUUUUUUUUAAUGCCCAUAAUUUAUUUAUUUUCUGUUCUUGCUUUGUUAUGCUUUUGAUGUUCUAUGCAUGUCUGUUCUGUUUCUGUCACUAUGGCCUUCUUCUAACACAAAGGACAUAGUGUUUCACCAUUGAUGGAAAUGAAAGCUAACAUACAGCUAAUAACAUCAAUACUGAUAUUAACAAGAAGAAAGGUCAGGUCAUUUGUGGUAACAUUUUUGCCACCAUGAGUCUAGUUCAAAAGGUAAUAGUAGACCUGAUUUAUAGUUAAAUAUGGGAUUGUUAAUAUUUGAAAAUGCACUCCACUUGAAACCAGAAGGCACAGAUGUUUGUUUAGAGUUAACAAAUUGUACAUGUUAUUGUAAGCUUUAUGUAAGAGACUGAUAGGACAAGUGAUGAUUAUGCAAGAACAGUGAUCAUUCUAUGUGGUCUUCAUGUGAAUAUGAAAAUGUAAAUACCCUAUUUUUGCCAUUGGAUCACUCUUUAUAUACUGUUAUUGUACAUUUUGUGUUGAAUCGGUCAUUGACUUUAGUUUACAAGGCUCAGCAGACAUAGUUUUAACUUCCUGAACACAAAUAUUUAUAGACAGAAUGCCAUAUAACCUCUGGAUUAUAGCACAUUAAAUGGAAUAAAAUGUGUGAUUCUAGAGGGUUUAGGUUGACUUUUGCAUUUGUUUAUUUUCACCUUUUAUUCACCCUUUUUGGUCUUUGUAGAUGUGAAUAAAUUGUUUUUC